AUGGAGCCGUAUCACUCCUCUCCUCAUCACUACACCAUCCAGCUAACACUGCUUGGCAAGCAUAUCACUUUCAGGCCUGGCUUGCCGGGACAAGACUGUCACUCAAGUGACACUUCCUUUAUCUCUCAAGCUGCCCUCUUAAGCAGGGAGCAGAUGUGUUUCAACUUCUGUCUCUCGGAAGCAAGGAACAGGAUCACUGGUACCUACACAGCAUCAUCUGGCUACAGUACAGGAUGUGCCCUUUACAUUGCACCUCCCUAUGGGCUGAUCUGCUGGCAGCAACAAGACCGGGGGAGGCAAAUGGAGGAGCUCUCUGAUGUUGCAGCUGGCUACUCCUCCCCUGACAGCACUGCAAUGUCACAAAUCUCCUUUAAUGGGAUGGACAGAGAAAAGGUGCAGGAGAGGUUUUCUUUUCUUUCUUUUUUUUUUUUUGCAAGCAUUUUCAUUUCAGCCAUCCAGAAACCUUGACCUACUCACAACUAAUACCAGACAAAUCCAUUCAACCAGACAUUCUGCUGUAUCUAGUGACCAAAAAGACCCCACCCCUAAAAAGAUUCAACAAUCCUUUCUGAUGAAUUAGAGCCCAAAACACUGUUAUUCUGCUGCUUUUAAGGGCAAAAGUUAGAUUGAUUAGACCGCUCAGUGAGUCACUAAAAGUUAAGGUCAGUGGAAAUCAUUCCAACUGUUAUUACUGUUCUCAGUGUGUUAGAACAGAUGAGGCCACUGCCAUGACCAGCAAAUAG